UAAUGUAUCCACAAGGAGGAACACAUUGAUGGCCUUCCUUGUCACAUGGUGAUGAUGACUGGAAUUACAGAGAUGGUAUCCAGCAGAAUAUAGGAAUGAACCUGCAAUGUUGGUGCAUGGGGAGGAUGCUCUAAUCAACUCACCUCACCAGACCAGUGCCAAAGUUUAUGCCGUAUACCAUUAUGGAUAGUGAGCUAUUUUUUUUGUGAUUUACAAAGGGCGCAAGCUCAUUCGGGAGAAGCCCGAAUUUUUCUGGCUGGAAGAACGAAAAGCAACAGCAACGGCUCUGACACCAGCAGAACAACGGAGCGCGCGUCAGCUGGACUAUUGUGCCGGCAGCUAGAAAAUUGAGCUCGGGGUCUGACGCAGGCAGAGGCCCCACCCCGCGUGACGCCAGCGUCAGGCCAGUCCCGGCAUGCUGCGCGGCCGCCGGCGGUCGAACGCAGACGAAAGGAAUUUUUGCGAGAACAACCUCGGCUCAGUUCAGUUGCUGUCCAGACUCGGGUCGGCGGGAGUUCCCCUCCAACCGUUCUUCUACCGCCUGCCCGUCAGUCCGAGCGCCCCCAGCCCUCCCGCGAGGGCGCCCCGGGACGGAAGGAUCCACCAGCCUGUCGGCGCCCGCCGUUCUCGUGGUCGCCGUCGCGGUCGUGGUUGUGAUAGUAUCCGCCGUAGCCUGGGCCAUGGCCAAUUACAUCCACGUCCCGUCCGGCUCCCCAGAGGUCCCCAAGCUGGACGUCACGGUUCAGGAUCAGGAGGAGCAGCGCUGCCGGGAAGGGGCCCUGAGCCUCCUGCAACACCUGCGGCCGCACUGGGACCCUCAGGAGGUGACCCUGCAGCUCUUCACCGAUGGAAUCACAAACAAACUUAUUGGCUGUUAUGUGGGCAACACAAUGGAGGAUGUUGUCCUGGUGCGAAUUUAUGGCAAUAAGACUGAAUUGCUAGUUGAUCGAGAUGAGGAAGUGAAGAGUUUCCGAGUGUUACAGGCCCAUGGCUGUGCACCACAACUCUACUGUACUUUCAAUAAUGGAUUGUGCUAUGAAUUUAUACAGGGAGAAGCAUUGGAUCCAAAGCAUGUCCGCAACCCUGCCAUUUUCAGGCUAAUAGCACGCCAGCUUGCUAAAAUUCAUGCUAUCCAUGCGCACAAUGGCUGGAUUCCCAAAUCUAAUCUGUGGCUCAAGAUGGGGAAGUACUUCUCUCUCAUUCCCACAGGAUUUGCAGAUGAAGAUCUUAAUAAAAGGUUCGUAAGUGAUAUCCCAAGCUCUCAGAUUCUUCAGGAAGAGAUGACUUGGAUGAAGGAGAUUCUUUCCAACCUGGGCUCACCUGUUGUGCUUUGCCAUAAUGAUCUACUGUGUAAGAAUAUAAUCUACAAUGAGAAACAAGGUAAUGUACAGUUCAUUGAUUAUGAAUACUCUGGAUACAACUACCUGGCAUAUGAUAUUGGAAAUCAUUUCAAUGAAUUUGCAGGUGUGAGUGACGUAGACUACAGUCUCUAUCCAGGUAGAGAACUACAGAGCCAGUGGCUGCGUUCUUACCUUGAAGCCUACAAAGAAUAUAAAGGCUUUGGGACUGAAGUUACUGAAAAGGAGGUAGAAAUACUCUUCAUUCAGGUCAAUCAGUUUGCAUUGGCUUCUCAUUUCUUUUGGGGACUGUGGGCUUUGAUUCAAGCCAAAUAUUCCACCAUUGAGUUUGAUUUCCUUGGGUAUGCAAUUGUUCGUUUUAACCAAUACUUUAAAAUGAAGCCUGAGGUUACUGCAUUAAAAAUGCCUGAGUAAAGAUGUAAUAACUCUCAAGUAGCUGAACAAUGCUUGUGAAUUUUUUCUUAAGAAAUUCCAUAAAGCCAAUUAUUUGUUAAAAUUCUGUAAUUUAAUUUGGAUAUCUUGCUUUACAAAUUAUGCGUCUGUCAACCAAUCUGUUUUUUUAAAUAGACUGGUGUCAAAAAUAGACCUACUGCUUUCAGUAUGUGGUAGAUUGGAAAUUUAUUAAAUCUACAAAAAGGUAUAAAGAUGUCAGUUUAAUCUUUUUUUGAUAAUUUGUUAUAUGUGAAUUAUUUAUUAUAAGUGUAACAUGAUUCUUUGAUUGCUUUCAUAUAUUUCAUCUGUUAAAUGUAAGCAAUGAAAAUGUUCCAGAGUGAAUUUUGACUUUAAUUUUAGUUACAUGUUCUAGAUGUUCAUUCUAACUUUUUUAUCUUAAUGCACUGUAAGUAAAAUGGAUCAUUUAGUCUUGAAAUGCCAGGCACUGGUAUAGGUAACUUAGGGCGUUCAUUGAAAAACAUCAAUUUGGGAGGAUGAAAUGCAUUCACUGUCUAUGGUAGUGGUACAUCUUUUUGAAUUGAAUAUUGGAAACUCUGUUUUGGGGGGAUAUACUUUAGAAUUAGAUUCUCAUCUCCUUACAUAGUCUGGCAUAUAAAUAUUAAUAUUUACUAUGUAAUCCUGGAGUAGAUAAGGUGAUUUUGUUACGAAAAAUCUGGAUUCAUUAAUGUUUUCAUGUACUCAGUGUGGUCAUUUAAGUUACUAGUUUUGUUUUUAAGAUUUCAGUGUAUCAAAUUAUUUCUAACCAAAAGUUUUAUUUUACUUACUGAGAUAUUUUAUGUAUUUGCUAUUAAAUAAUAGCUAGUAGAACAAUUGAUAAUUUUUGAAACUUGUUUAAUAAUACUUGGGAACAAGAAAAUGUCAUUUAGAUUGAUUCUUUUUUAUCCCUUUAGAUUAAUUUCUCACAUUUUGGUUUCAUGUUUUAGUUUGGCUCCAUGUCUUUAUAAUGAUAGCAAAUAGUUGCUUGAUACAUGUAGGUUCAGAGAAAUAAGUUGAGAUGGUUAAUAGAAUUAAAUAAGGAACAUUUAAGGCAUUGAUAUUGUACACUUAAAAUCUGAUAUAACAAAAUGUGAAUUAAGCUGAAAUACUUCUCCGUUAGUUUUGAUUUCUCUUAAUUUUGUUUGUAUAUUUUUUGUUUUGUUUUCGGGUGAGAGGAUGGUGAUUAUUAUAUGGAAGGAACUUAGAUCCUUGGGAUAAGUAGGGGUCAAACUUUGAAGACUGCUGUGUGGAGUUGAGUCGCCAUGGUUGUUUUCACUUAGAAAAUUAGUCUGACAAGCUUUUCACUUUGGUCACAUAAGUGCCCAUGUACAAAGUUGGCUUAAUGGAUCUGCAUAUUCAGAAUAUGCCACUACAAAUUUAUCCUCUGAGAAAUCUUCUGGGGAGUCUGAUGUAUUAUUCCAAAUGACUUAUUUUCAAAUAAGUGCUUUAAAAUACUUGGAUUAUCUCAAGAUGUUUAAAGGUAAUAAAGUAGAAACACUUAAAGGCCAUUUUAAAUGGUAAAUUCUAGUUACAUAAAUGGAAUCUUAAAAUCUGUCUGUAUAUAUAACAAUGUUAGACCAAGGUUUGUUUUCUACCUCCCCAAUGUUACAAAUGUUCACUUCUGUUUUUAUAAACCACAUUAUUGUAGAAUCAAUAGAAUUUUCCCUAAUUGAAUGAAUGGAAUCAAUUCAAUAACUGUUUAUAUAACGUUAGAAUAUACUUGAAAAAUUGUUUUUGGUGGGAUUUUUAUCUGUGGUUGGAAUAUUUUCUUAGAACAAUGAAAAAUAUGUAAUACUCUUGAUUUUUUUUUUUUUUUUUUUUUUUUUUGCUUUCCAACUUCUUAAAGUGCAACAGUAUGUACUAUGGGAGGAGAGAAGAUCAUUUUACUACCUUACUCUUCAAACUAUUUUGAAUAGAGAUUCACUGAGCCAUUGCUGGUAGACUGUGCAUAGCUGCUAGCUGUGACACUACUAUAAUAAGCAUUUCAGAAAGAUUCAUGUAGAAGUGAAUGUAAAGGGGAAUAAAGGCUCUCACUUUAUCCCUAGGAGAGUAUCCACUGGAUCUUGGGGACAUAAUCAGAUAUUUAAGAUAGUUCCCUGACUCUUUGGUUAGGUUUUGGAUGUUGUGGUGCUCCCACUUCAGUACAGGUUUUGCGGGGGGGAUCAUGCUACAGGUUCUUAAUAGGGUUCAAAUUGCUUCUCUUUUUUGUUAACCAUUUAGGACAUUCUAAAGGAAAAACGUCCCUCUAAAAUUAUCCCGUGGCUUCUUGAGAUAUCUGUUGCCUUUUUAUGUUAAGCUAAGGAACUUGAAUGCCUUACCUAAUAACUCAACUUGUAAGCUCAUUGUGUAAAUAUGAAAUGGUUGUUAGAGAAGUGGCAUUCAUGUGUAUACUCAUUGUUAGUCAAUAGACCAUAGUGGCCUGGAUGCUUUAACAAGCAAAAUUCCACGAUUUUUUCCUCGUUGUUCCUUACAUACUUGUUAGAUCUUACUGACCAGUAACGUUGUUUUCCCUCUUCUGACUGCAUACUACUACCAUUUUCUGGAAGUCAAAGAGAUGUGGCAGUAGAUCAUACUAUUCAUGUGAUCAUUUGAGAUCGAUAUGAGCACAAAACUCAUCAACUAGGUCUGCCUGGAAUGUAUAUAAAACAGUGUAAAUAAAAAUUUGUAAAUUAGUGUGAAUUGUAUCUUGCAUAUGAGAUUGUGUAUUGUUUUGCAUUCUCUUCCCUUUUGUAGAAAUUUUUCUGUAAGGAACUAAUCUAGUUCUUUGGUUUUAGACUGGAAAUAGCCAGCAGUUCUGGCUACACAGUGGGAUAACAAUAGGAACUGGAAAUAGGGUUUAUCAGUUUUUGUUAAUGUUAGUACUUAUUUAUUUAGCCUCUCAGUGCCUAAUAAUACUUCUCUUCAUCUUUAGUUGUUCAUUAGUUUUUGUGAAGUUAGAUUCCUGCAAGUGGUCAAUUACUAUACACUGUUAGAGCUCCAUUCCACAAUUCUAAGCUAAAGCAAAUUAAAAUAUAACUUAAAAAUCGUACACUGAAGUAUUAUCCCUUUCCUAUUUUCAAGGUUGUUAACCUAACCAUUUUCUACCAAAAAAAAAAAACCAAAACACGAAACUUUUGAUAUCUCAAUGUGAAUCUAAGUCCUGUGUGUACAAGAGAUAUGAUAAAUACUGUCUCCUAGUUCAACCUAAACAUAUCUCCGUUGGCUUUUCUAAAUAUAAAGUUUAUUGUGGAAUUGUAAAAAGACCCCCAAAAACAUAAGUAAUCUUAUAAUGACUGAUAUUUUCAUUUUUGCUGGACUAAGAAUAAUUUAUUUUAAUUUCAUAAGUGUUUCUCAAGCUUCCAAAAUUAAAGAAAAAAGUUCCCUGGACACUUUGUUAACAAGUUACAAACCUCCACUUUAAUAAUUAUAUAGGUACUUGUUUUUUACAUUACACAAAGCCUUCUGUACCAUUUUGUAAUUCCUUUGUAAUAUAAAAUGAGAAUACUAUCAGUUUGAUUUUCUGCUGUAAAUUGCCUUCAAAUAAGCAUUUUAUACUGCAUUCCAAAGUGAUAGAUCGAGACAGUCAGUUGGUAGACAAACUUGCAAUGCUUUAUGCUAGGAGAGUUUUGUUAUUGGCAGCAACUUGCACUACUUUAUACAAGAGGCGAAUACUAGUAAUUGUUAUGCACAGAGGAAAAUGGUAAAACAGCUUUAUCCUUAUUUCAGAGUUGAUUUGCUGUGAGUUUUCUUUAGUCCAUUAGAUUUUGCACCGUCCUUUGACUGGAAACGUAGUUACAUACUGCAGUCUGUUUUCCUGCCUUUUUUUUUUUUUCACCCCUCAUGCCGCCUAAGUGAUUAGUGUUAUGCUUGGGGGUUGAUGUCUUUGGGUAGAAAAGCAUAUCAAUUAUUUUAAAUGAAUUGUCCCCCCAUCUUUGAAGCUUAUUCUGUAAGAUGGUACUAUAGAAAAAAAUACUUGGGUUGGCCUUACUUGAAGUUUUGAAAACUGAAAUUAGUAAGAUAUAGCACAUAAUAAAUUAGAUUUUUGCACUAAAAGUUUUAUUUCUGGAACAUAAAUUUGAAAUGGACAGAAAAUUUCAACUAUUUCAAUGGAAAAAAUAACAAUAGUGCUUAUAGAGAAUACCUAUUUGUGUUGGGCAUCCAAAAUUAAAGUUUUUCAUAGGUUUUUGUCCUAAAAUCUGCUUUCUUUUUCCCUAUGCACUACUUAUGCUACUGAUGUUAUCAAUUAACAAGCAACAAGUUAAAAUAAAAUGUGUUCAUUAUGAAUCCUGUAGCAUUUUUUGUUAUAAAAAAAACCAUUGUGUGAAAUACUCUUCAUGUAGACAUAUUUUUGUUUACAUCUUAUCCACUAAUGGAAUAAAUACCCAUUAAUCAUUUUAACAAAACACAAAAUAUUUACACAAAAAGAUUGCAUACUGUAUUUAAACUAGUUAGUGAUGAAUAAGAAAAAGUGGCUGAUUUAAAUAGUUACAUUAGAUAAAUUUUAAAACUCUAACAAAGGAACUUGCAAAGCUGGGCGAAGAUCUGUCUGAUGAUACCCCUGUGAACCAGCUCUUGUGACCCGGCAGAGCGCCCCACCCAGCAGUGGGGAGGUGGGAGGACCCAGCUGCCGGGCUCUGGUGUGCUGCUACUUCAGUUUGGGUGGUGACACACUGACAUUUUCACUGUCCCAUAAUCUGAGGACAUUUCCUGUCAUUUGUACUGAAGUAACUAUAAAUUGAUGGAAUUUGCAAAGAAGAACCCUUUUAACUGUAUUGUAUUUAGAGCCUUUGUACAGCUGGCUGAAAUUUCCAUUAUAAUGAAGUAUUUGAAUUUUAAAAUAUACUAUUAUAAGGAAGAAGACAUGGCAUUAUUCCAUGUUUUUAAAUUCUAAUUUUUCAGUUUCAGAAGAAAACAGUAAUUGUCAUUGCAUUAGUUGUAUGUUAAAUUGGGGAAUGGGCAUAAAGCUUCAGUUUGUGUUUAUCAGAUGUGAACCUUAGUAGUAUAAUGCUGCUUUGUAUAUACUGUAAGGUGCUGCAGACAGUCUCAGCACUGAACAUGCAUCGAUACCUCUCACGUGAGUGCAACUUCGGACGCAGGCGUUCUGACAUGCCUCAGAACGUGUCUGAGCGUCUGAGAACUUGCUCAUCUGUUUGGAAAUGAAGAUACUUCCUGGUUUUUGUUGCAUAUUUUCAUAUUUAAAUUUUAAUUUUUACUGCUGUUAAUUUAAGUAAAAUUUGUUCUGUGGAUAAAAUGGGGUUGCCAGUGAAGAAAAUGAAAAACAGCCUCAUUCAUAUACCUGCUUAAGUAAAAAUAUGUUUUUCCUCUAUGUUCAUAAACUUUUAGUGAAGCUGUUUGUAUUUCUGUUUAAAUAUAACUGAUGUUUGGCUCUAUUUCUGUUGAGUAAGGCCUUUUACCAUUGAUUUAAAUGAAGGAAUGUAUCUUGAAGAGAUUUAUAUUCUGUAAAUAAAUUGGUUGUAACAUUAAA